CAUUUUAUUUUUAAUCUGUCAUAGAUUUCUUCGAGGACGUGCGUUGUUGUAUUGCAGAAAAAAUAAAUUAUAAUUAAGUUUUGCAAAGGAUAAUGAUUUCUAUUUGAUAUAAAGAUUAAUUUAAAUCCGAAGAGACGUGACAAAAUGGCUAAGGAAGGAGAUAUGUCGCUGUUCAAUGACGUCUUAGAGCCGUUCAGGCGAGUAAUAAAUACGGACCCGCCGAAAGACAAAUUGUCGUCGGCGACGAAAUUGAAUUUUUCUGAUAGUAACCAGUCUCUGAAAGAAGGGCUCACUAACCUAUUGUCCCUUGGUAAACGAAAGUCUAGCAUUGGCAUGAACGAUGUCUGUACACCCGAGAAACGUAUGCGGACGGACUCAUCAUCCACGCCGACUGCGCCGCCCUCGCCUUGGGAGGCCAAGCGGCUGAAAAUUGAUCUAAUAGCCGCAAAGGCCCAGAUAGCAAAACUGGAGUCUCGCAUAAACCAAUCACACACCAUUCGUAAGGAGAUGCAGAUUCUAUUUGAGGAGGAGAAAGGCUCACUAAUGGAGCAACACAAGAGAGACGAGAGAGCUCUCUCUGACAUGGAGGACAGGCUGCAACUCAUACGGAGGAGAGAACAGGAACUGAAGGAUGAGUAUAAUGAGGCUGUGAAAGAACACAAAGAGCACAAAGCGCACUGGGACAAAGAGAAGGCAGAGUUACAUAAGCAGAUAGCUGACCUGAGAGACAAGCUGUUGGAGUGUAAUGUCAGCAGCAAGGACCAGCUGUCUGAGAUGAAAAAGGAUAUGGAUGAGCUGCUGCAGGCUUUAGAAGGAGCUCAGUCAGAAGUAGAAAUGUUGAAGACCGAGGUAGCCAAACAGACCAGCAGGGCAGAACAGUGUACAACCCUGAGGAAUCAGUUGGAGAAGCAGAGCUUUGAGCUGCAGAGUGUCACCAACAAGCUGAAGGAGUUGGAGUAUGAGAGAGACUCUUACAAAGACUGGCAACAACAGGCUAAGACUGCACAAAAACGCUUAACAAAUAUGGCGGAGCUAGAGAAGGAAGUCGCUCGGCUGCGCGCACAAGAGAGAUCGCUUAGAGACUCGGCUUGUAACAAGCUGUUGUUGGAGGAACAAGUCCAUGUGUUGCAGUCCAGGGUCGAUGCUCUGCAGCCGGUGCAGAACGACUUGCAUGAAGCCAAGGUGAAACUAGCGUCCCUAGAAUCCCAGCUAGAGGAAUGGAAGGCGGCAGCACGUACGCACGGCGUGGAAAACGCGCGGGCGUUGACCAGUGCUUUAGACUCGGCACUCAACAGCCAGCUCAAUGCCACCGCCGCGUCAUCACAAGCUCACUCUCAGCUAGCACAACUUACUGAGGAAGUGGAAUCAGUGAAGUUCGAGCGCGACAAGGCGACGGGCAAGCUGAACGAGCUGGUCACUGUGCGCAAGAACCAGGAGAGUCUCAUACAUCGCCUGCAGAAGCGGCUGCUGCUCGUCACUCGCGAGAGAGACAGUUACAGACAGCAGCUGGACUGCUACGAGAAGGAGCUGACGGUGUCGCUGUGCGGCGAGGCGGGCGCGGGCGGCGCCGCGCUGCUGGCGGCGCGAGUGGAGCAGCUGGAGAAGGCGCUGCAGGCCUACCGCGACCUGCUGGCGGCCCACGACCAGCCGCAGCAUGUCAGGCUGGUAGAAACUUUACGCGCGGAAUCAAGUAAAUGGCGUGAGGAAGCAGAGACGCUGAAGCGCGACGUGGCCAAGCUGCGCGCGCAGAGAGACACGCUGCACGCUAACCUUGAACGUAUCGGGGCUCAGGCGCAGACCAAGGUGCUGCAUUUAACGAACAACCCAGCAGCGGAAGCUCACAAACAAAUGCAAGUAGACCUGGAAGCUGCUCAAGAAGAGAUAAAAAGGCUAAAAGCAGCGUUGAGAGAUGGCGGCACGUCCCGCGCCUGCCCAGAGGAAAUGCAACAAUUACGACAACAGUUGGAGAGUAGCCGUAUUAAACUUAAAAGAUUGAAAGAAGAAUUCACUUCCUCCGCUCAAGAGUAUAGAGACGUAUGUUAUAUGUUAUUAGGUUAUAAAAUUGAUAGAACAGGACAUAAGAAUUACAGAAUAUCAAACAUGUACGCAGAAUCUUCCGAGGAGUACCUAACGUUCACACUAGACGACGACGGCAUAGAGAUGGUCCAUACCGAUUAUUCGGCGACUUUAGGCGAGUUAGUCGAGUUGCACCUACAUCAGCACCGCUCUAUUCCCCUGUUCUUAAGUGCUCUCACUAUGGACCUGUUUACACGGACUACUAUGCAGCAAGUUCAAUAAAUAAAGGUACUAGAGGUGUACCGUGCUCUUGUCACUUCGUCAUCUGUCAUUCGAGUAUUUAUGGUGAAUUUUUUUAACCUAUAUCACCGUCGAAUUGCGAUAAAAGAUUGUGGUUUGAUGUAAGCUCCACGUAAGUUAUAGUUAUCGGCACGAAUCUUGCUCUGACCUACAUCUGCGCAGAAGUGAUUUAUUAGCAACAAAAAAUCAAUCCCGAGUGACGGCUAUGACGCGAUGCGCUGCGGGCCAAUCACCGCUUUACCCCGCCCCCGCGCCUUACUUCAUACCACAAAAGGGACCCAAUAAAUUACUUCUGCGCAGGAGAAGGUCAGAGCUCAAGAUUCGUGCCGAUAACUAUAUGUCAAAUUUUAAUCUCUUAUCGAUAAACAAUGGAUAGGUUAUAGAAUUCAGAGUAUGUCGAUAGUCACAAUUGUUUGUCUAUGGUUGUCUGUAAGUGUGAUAUGAAGUCUCUAGUGCUCGGUAUACCUUUAUUUUUCUUAAUAAGUGAGAAUGAUAGUGUUAUUUAAUUGUUAUUUAGCUUUGAUCGCCAUUUUUCUCCUAAUUAGUGUUGCCACUUGGAAUAAAUAGUGACACUUUAAAAGGUUAAGUAUUUGUAGUAGUGUCACUAUUUAUAAGAAGUGUCAAGUUAGUAUAGACAAUCUUUAAUCUACCCGCUCUUCCAAUUAUUCCCAUAGCCCGCUAACCUCUUUCCCUCUAAUAAGUACUGUAUAAAUAUAUAAAUAAAUCAAAUAAUAAUAAAACUUUGUUAAAAUUUUCAUAUCGACAUAUUUUAUAAACUGUUGCAACAUUGCAUACUUUGAAAUUUAAAUAAAAUGGAUUAAGAAUUUUGACUUCUGGCUAGUACUAGUAGAUAUUUGGAUGAUGAACACAAUUUGAUGUAUAAAUAGUAAUGAUAGCUUAAUCAUUGUAAGUAAAUUGUAAUAUUGGAUUGAAAUGGCCGAUGACUUGAUAUGUAUUUUCAUAAAGCAAAUCACAAUAUUUGUCGUUAUAUAAAAUUAUUAUUAUGAGCCGACAUCCCAAUGAAUAGACGAUAGCAACGUUUUCUAUGAGAGGUGAGAUGCACGCAGUAUUGGCACGAAAUUAUAUGCUUAUAAGGUCGAAGUUAGUGUGACAAAAAUUAAUCAAUUGCCAAAUGUAGAGGGCAUUAGAAUCGCUUGUAGAUAAAUUAGGGUUUUGAAGCCAUUUUCAAUGUUUUAAUCGAUAUAACUAAUGUGAAAAUAUAGUACAAAUUUAUUCCUAGAUACAAUUUUAAAAA